CAAGUCUCACAGCUGGGCGAGCGUAGUCCCCUGCACAACGAGCGCAAAGCCUAGAGCCCAAUGAGAACUACAUUUCCCAAGGGGCAAUGGGGCUGGCCAUGUUUCUCCCGUGCUCCUCUUGGCCAGCAGACAACACAUGCCGUUGGCGCCAUAGCAACGGUAGCUAGCUAGCGGCCGGGGAAGAGUGGCGAUAGGCCAUGUCUGGUCCAGCUGAUGAGACUGCAGGAGAUCUGCCUGUGAAAGAUAUAGGUCUGAACCUCUUUGGAGUGGGAGGGUUACAAGAAAUUUCAACAACACGGACAAUGAAGUCUUACCAGGCAGUGUCACGUGUCAGUCGUGAGGAACUAGAAGACAGAUUUUUGCGUUUGCAUGAGGAGAACAUUUUACUGAAACAACAUGCCCGUAAGCAAGAGGAUAAAAUUAAAAGAAUGGCCACCAAGUUAAUACGGCUAGUUAAUGACAAGAAAAGAUAUGAGCGGGUUGGUGGCGGCCCCAAGCGGCUGGGACGAGAUGUGGAAAUGGAAGAAAUGAUUGAGCAGCUACAAGAGAAAGUGCAUGAGCUUGAAAGACAAAAUGAAGCCCUCAAAAACAGAUUAAUAUCAGCCAAACAGCAACUUCAAAUCCAGGGUUACAGGCAAACUCCAUAUAAUCAUGUACAACCUCGCAUUAACACUGGUCGUAGAAAAGCAAAUGAAAAUGCAGGCUUACAGGAAUGUUCCAAGAAAGGUAUAAGAUUCCAAGAUGUAGAUGUAGCAGAAACUGCACAACCCAUCCUUACAAAAUAUGGAAGUAGUUUACUUGAAGAAGCCAAAGGAGAAAUAAGAAAUUUAGAAAAUGUUAUUCAGUCACAGAGAGCACAGAUAGAAGAGUUAGAGCAAGUAGCUGAUGUCCUGAAAACUCAGUUGAAGAGAAAAGAAAAUGAAAUUGAGUUAUCUCUCCUUCACAUUCGAGAACAACAAGCUACAGAUCAAAGGUCAAAUAUUCGAGACAAUGUAGAAAUGAUUAGGCUUCAUAAACAACUGGUGGAAAAAAGCAAUGCUCUUUCAGUAAUGGAAGGAAAAUUUAUUCAGCUUCAAGAGAAGCAAAGAACUCUCAGGAUCAGCCAUGAUGCUUUGAUGGCAAAUGGAGAUGAACUAAACAUGCAGCUGAAAGAGCAGCGUUUAAAAUGCUGCAGUCUUGAGAAACAAUUACAUUCCGUGACAUUUUCUGAAAGGAGAAUAGAAGAGCUGCAAGAUAGAAUUAAUGAUUUAGAAAAGGAACGGGAACUUUUAAAGGAAAACUAUGAUAAACUUUAUAACAGUGCCUUCGGUGCUGCCCAUGAAGAGCAAUGGAAGUUAAAGGAACAGCAGCUGAAAGUCCAGAUUGCUCAGCUUGAGACUGCCUUAAAAUCUGAUUUAACAGACAAAACUGAAAUCCUUGACAGAUUAAAAACUGAAAGAGACCAAAAUGAGAAACUCAUUCAAGAGAAUAGAGAUCUACAGUUACAGUAUCUGGAACAAAAGCAGCAACUUGAUGAACUUAAAAACCGCGUGAAGUUUUUCAACCAGGAGAGUGAUAUUAGUGCUGAUGAACUAAGUGAAGCUCUCUUGCUUAUAAAGGCUCAAAAAGAACAAAAAAAUGGUGAUCUUUCCUUUUUAGAGAAAGUUGACAAUAAAAUUAGUAAAGAUCUAGAACGUUCCAUGAGAGAACUACAAGCAACUCAUGCAGAAACAGUGCAAGAACUUGAAAAGACAAGAAACAUGCUAAUAAUGCAACAUAAGAUUAAUAAAGAUUAUCAGAUGGAAGUAGAGGCAGUAACCCAUAAGAUGGAAAAUUUGCAGCAAGAUUAUGAACUCAAAGUAGAACAAUAUGUUCAUCUCCUUGAUAUCAGGGCUGCACGCAUCCAGAAACUAGAAGCCCAACUAAAGGAUAUUGCCUAUGGCACCAAGCAGUACAAAUUUAAACCAGAAAUCAUGCCAGAUGACUCCGUCGAUGAAUUUGAUGAGACCGUCCACCUAGAACGAGGUGAAAAUCUAUUUGAAAUCCAUAUCAACAAAGUAACCUUUUCUUCUGAAGUUUUACAGGCAUCUGGAGAUAAAGAGCCUGUCACUUUUUGUACCUUUGCUUUCUAUGAUUUUGAACUACAGACAACUCCCAUAGUGCGAGGUCUUCACCCAAAAUAUAACUUUACUUCUCAAUAUCUUGUUCAUGUUGAUGACUUAUUUUUACAAUAUAUUCAGAAGAAUACUAUCACCCUAGAGGUCCACCAAGCUUACAGCACAGAUUAUGAAACAAUCGCAGCAUGUCAACUGAGAUUCCAUGAAAUCCUGGAAAAAAGUGGUCGAAUAUUUUCAACAGCAAGUUUGGUUGGAACUGAAGGAGACAUCCCAAAUUUUGGCACAGUGGAGUACUGGUUCCAAUUAAGAGUUCCCAUGGAUCAAGCAAUUCGACUUUAUCAAGAACGAGCAAAGGCUUUGGGAUAUAUAACAUCAAAUUUUAAGGGGCCAGAGCAAAUGCAAUCAUUAAGUCAGCAAGCACCCAAAACCGCUCAGCUCAGUUCAGCAGAUUCCGCAGAUGGGGACUUAAAUGAACUUCACAUUACAAUAAGAUGUUGCAGCCACCUGCAGUCCCGAGCAAGCCACCUGCAGCCACACCCGUAUGUUGUGUACAAGUUUUUCGAUUUUGCAGACCAUGAUACAGCCAUCAUUCCCAGUAGCAGUGAUCCACAAUUUGAUGACCAUAUGUGUUUCCCAGUGCCAAUGAAUAUGGACUUGGAUCGAUACCUUAAGUCAGAGUCUCUGAGUUUUUAUGUGUUUGAUGAUAGUGAUACCCAGGAGAAUCUUUACAUAGGAAAAGUCAGUGUGCCUCUGAUUUCACUGGCACAUGACAGGUGUAUCUCAGGAAUAUUUGAGUUAACAAAUCAUCGAAAACAUCCUGCAGGCACCAUCCAUGUUAUAUUGAAAUGGAAAUUUGCUUACCUUCCACCAAGUGGAUCGGUAACUACUGAAAACUUAGGAAAUUUGAUAAGCAGGGAAGAGCCAGAAGUUGUUCAAAGAUUACCUCCAUCGUCCUCUGUUAGCACACCAGCUGUAGCACCAAGACCUAAACCAAGACAACGUUUAAGACCUGUGGAUAAGAAGGUGUCUUUUGUGGAUACCAUCCCACAUCACAAUUCUGAGAUUUCUAUACCUCCUGAAGAUAUGAAGGAAAUUUCUAUACCUCCUGAAGAUAUGAAGGAGAUUUCACCAGGUGGAGAGCAUGCACCAGAAAUAGAUAAUAUACCAGCUAUUUCACAUAUUUCCAAGAUUUCUCGAGAAAGUGUGACUAAGGUAAAAGAGAAUGCUGAGAAAAUGCAUCAAGGGAAAGAAGAUGAUAUAUCUGUACUCUCUGAGGGCCAGCUUGCAGAACAAAGCUUGGCUUCUUCUGAAGAUGAAACAGAAAUAACAGAAGAAAUAGAACCAGAAGAUGAGGAGGACAGAUCUGCUUCUGACAGUGAUGACUGCAUUAUUCCAGGUCCUAUCUCCAAGCAUGUCAAACAGCCAGCAGAGAAAAUUCGGAUUGAAAUCAUAGCUCUGAAACUUAAUGAUUCUCGAAUCACAAUGGAUGACACCAUCCAACGGCUGUUCAUUGAGUGCCGAUUCUACAGCCUUCCUGCUGAAGAGACACCAAUGUCACUUCCAAAGCCCAAGAAUGGACAGUGGGUCUACUAUAACUAUAGCAGUGUGAUCGACGUGGAUAAAGAAAACAACCAAGAAAAGAGAGAUGUCUUAAAAGCUAUACUGCAGAAACAGGAAAUGCCUAACAGAAGUGUUCGCUUCACUGUGGUCAGUGACCCUGCAGAAGAUGAGCAAGAGCUGGAGUGCGAGGACAUCGGCAUUGCCCAUGUCAACCUCACAGACUUGUUUUGGGAAGGGAGAGACAUCAUCGAGCAAAAUAUCGAUGUUUUUGAUGCACGAGCGACUGGUGAAAGUAUCGGCAAGCUCAGGGUAACGGUGGAAGCUCUCCAUGCCCUGCAGUCUGUUUACGAGCAGUACAGAGAGGACCUGGAGGCUUGAAGGAAACUGCUUCAGAGGCAUCUCCUAUGGUACUUCUGAGUAAAUGCACACAAGAAAGCUCCUCCAUGAGAGCGUGUGUAAUUACUCUGGUGUAUAUAAUCUAUAAUUCAUGGGGAGCUGGGAGGGGGAGACCUGCGUUUGAAAUGGCAAGUUUUGUAUAGUUUUUCAUUUGUUUAUUUUUCUAUUCCCUCCUUCCCAUGACUGCUAUCCCUCGGGCUUCAAGCUCCCACAAUGAGCAAUACCUUCUCAAUAAUUUAUACCUACAUGGUAGCAUGAGAAAGCCUAUUUGCAUUUUCAGCGUUUUCUUAUGAAGAACUGAAGUGCAAUUCCCAUUUUUAUUUUUAAUAAGGAAAAGGAUAAAUCUUAGAAAACCUAUGAAAAAGAAAUACUUUUAUGUUAUCCUUAAUCGUCCCACUAAAUGGAAUCGUUAUGAUUAGCCUCAUUAAGAGUUUUAUACUGUGAAGAUUUUAUUAGAAGCAAUAUAUGAAAAUUACUUGGAUUAAUGUGUUAAUCUUCCUCUUUAAAAUGCUAAUAUCCAUUUUAUGCACAUUAAAGCUCAGUAUGCAUUUUCUUUGAUGCAUGCAGUUUCUAUCAAUUAAAUAUAAAGAAGAAGACUUGGCACCAACUUAUUAAAUUGCUGCAAGUUUUUUGGUUUUCUUAAAAAUUAUAAAACUUGUUUGUAUUUUCAUGUAUUUGUAAUGGCAAUAGGGGACCCUGGAAUGUGUGUGUAUAAAGAGGGGAUAGAUAGAUGGUUAGAAGUGAAAGUUACACUUUGGAAACUUAGCCUAGGACAUAAAAAAAAUUAUGACUCAAAUUCUGAUAUGCUUAGUUAGACCUGAAAGGAGUAUCUUUUUUAUCAUUUUUUAAAAAUUUACAUCAAGCUUAUACAAUGCUAGGGUGUAUCUGGAUAACCAGAUCCUCAAAAAGCAGCUGAGAAAGUUAAUUUUCUAGCUUUUACCCAAUCUCACUGAAGGAUUUAAUUGAUAUUUUUAAUGGAGCUGUGAAUCAAUGCUGCAAAGGAAUUGUCUCUAGAGGUCUAGGAUAUAAUGCAUUUCAUUUUUUAAUUUACUUUUUUAUUUGUCAUUUUCUUCAAAGGAUUUUUAUAGGCUGUGGGUUUUCACUGUUUGCAAACAGGCUAUGUUCCUUCUUAAGCAUAUGUAAAGUAUUCAGGGAGAUAAGUAAUUUAUUAAAAUCUACCUAAUUUGCCGUGAUAUAUUAAAUCUCUGCUUCAGUGAUCACAGACCAUUUCAUUUAGAGAAUUAGGCAUUCCCUCUUUGUGUGAUUAAAGCUCUGGAAAAUGAGUUCUUUGCUCCUAUUUGUGAACAUUCAAAGCCUGCUAAUGGCAAGAAGAUGGAAUAGAUUAUGAGACAAUUCAUUACAGUUCAACAGAAAAAAAAAAGCAGCUAUAAUGCAAAAAUGCAAGUAUGAAUAUCUGCAUAUAGUUUAAACCAUCUGUGCUCUAAUGGCUUCAAUAAUGACUCUCGUCUUUUGGAGGCUUUGAAAUGACAUCCGUACAAUAUUAAUUUGUUGAUGUACAUUGCGGGACCAAUAGAGUAUGAUCUGACCGCAGAAAUCUAUAAAUUCUGCCUGUACUGUUGGGCCUUCCUGUCCUGGGGCCUGCCAUUGCAAGGAGAACCUUGCUCUCAUCAAACUCUGCAACUUUUCAUAACAACUCAUUCCUCUGGAACCUUGUAGAGACCACAAACAUCUGCAGACAAAACCUCUCCAAUCCUAGUAAACAACCACAUGUUUGUUGUCACUUCAGCUGGCUCUGAGCUCAUCUUUUUGGCCUCUCUUUCUAGCUUUCUUUGGCUUUCUGCAGUUACAGUGUCAUUAAGGCCCAUAAUAUUCCCUGCAGUAAUUUAAAACAGCCAGAUUAUACCCUGGGAUUAACUGAGUGGUUUUUGAGACAUUUAUUGUGGUAUUCUCCCAGGAGGUUUGUAUUAUUGUUUUAAAAUGUUACAUCCCAAACUAAAUACCCUUCUGCAGGGAGAAGAAAUGGAUUGCACUGACUUCUUAGGAUCUUUAAGUAGAGAGGGAAAGUUUUUAUUAGAAAACUUCUGGGAGCUACUCAACUGCAUAGAAUGAAUACCUCAAAUAAGAUUAGAAAAUUAGUCAUGUUUCCAUCACAUUCAUGUUUACUAUAUUAAAGAUUCCUUUUCUAAUUUUAAAAUACUCAGCCUUAAAUUCUUUCAGAUUUUCACAAUACUUGUUUUCACACAUAAUGGCUACUGACACAUUUUCAAGUGUGUAAAUGGUAUCACGUGCUCUCACGUGGAAGCCAAUUGGGAUAUCUCUUUGUUUUGUCUGUGUCAAUCCAAGCACAGUAAGAAGUCCCCCACCUUUUGAGUUAAAGAAGGACGGAUGGUACUCUUCUCAGUGUGCGGCACUUGACCCAUUCCCUCUGGUGGAGCUGCAGCGGCUGCCACAGUGGCCUUGCCACGCAAGAACACCGGUUGAGGGGCAGGCUCCGCAGGGUGAUGCCUCUUGGGGCGACUGUUUACAGUACACUCAGAACUUGGGUGAGCUGUACUGCUUUUGUUUGGAAUUAAAAUAGAGAUGUGGUGUGUUAUGAGGGAGAGUGUAUUUUACAUUUUUUUUUUUUUUUUUGGCCUACUGUGGUAGAAAUGUCAAAGUUCCAGCCACUGUCAUGAGAAGCAGUUGACAAAAAUAAGUUUUAUGGUUCACAGCGUGGUUUGCGUAGAGCACAUCUCUCUUCACUCUGUUUCAACACGCUUUCUAAAUCGUCAUGGUUUGUUGCCAUUUAACUCAAAUUAGUUUUUAAAGAAUAAAUAGAGAAAAUGUUUAAUCAAAUAAAGAAAGGCCGCAUUGAAA